AUGGGUAAAUUGGAUAGUUAUCAACACCAUCAAAGACCGGAACUAGUCUCUUUUGAUGAUAUAAGUUAUAAUGACCUAUCCCAAGUUGAAGCUGCCAGAAAGUCAAUGCUUAGAGAACAAUGGAUUAGAACGUAUGAGUUGAGAGUGACCCGUGAUGCUGUAAGGAAGUGCAAACAAUAUCAUCAAGAAGACGCUGGUAGGAAUUGUAAGGCCUUGAUAUUGAAGUAUCUUAAGAUGCUAGAAUCUUAUCCAAUACAGGGUUACCAGGGCUAUCAAAAGAAUGACCCUUCUAAGUAG